AUCAAAAUAGAGCUUAAAAUAUCUCUGUAAUUUCACCAUUAUUUAUUCAUGGUUUUCGCCGUGUGGGGCUGUCAAAGUAAACGAAGACUUGGUGAAUUGAGCGAGGUUUGGUGUGAAUCGGAAGAUAAGAAACGACGACCACUGCUUCACUCUCACCGUUGACCACCGAGUGAAGAAGACUCCGAUGGCCGACGCCGCCGUGGAGUUCCUUCUGGAGAAUCUGAAGCAGCUGCUUCUCUACAAUGCUAACCUCAUCCUAGACGUGAAGGAUCAGGUCGAGCUCCUCUACAACGACCUCACCUUGUUCAAGGCCUUCCUCAAGGACUCCACCGAGAAGCGGAGCAAGCACGAGACGGUCAAGGAGCUCGUCAAGCACAUCCGCAACGUCGUCUACGAGGCCGAGGACGCAAUCGACACCUUCGUAGCCCACGCCGCCGUUCACAAGGCGCGGAAGCACAUUGGCAAAGCCAUCCAUUUCAUGGAUUACUCCAAGAAGCUUCACAGCGUGGCGCAUAAGAUUCAGUCGAUUCGUUUGAGAGUGAAGGAUAUUUACGAGAAUAAGAAGUUUGGAUUCGAAGCUCUGCACAUUGGGGGCGGAUCUGACCGAGCCUCCAAGGAGAAAAAGGCUCCGAUUGUUGAAGAAGACAAUGUUGUGGGAUUCGAAGAUGAGGCAGAAAAAGUGGUGGAUCUUCUCAAUAGAGGAUCUGUUGAUCUUGAAGUCAUCUCGAUCGUUGGUAUGCCAGGGCUUGGUAAGACGACAUUGGCUAAAAUGAUUUAUCGUGAUCCGAAAAUCGAGUACGAAUUCUACAAGCGUGCUUGGGUUUAUGUUUCUCAAGACUACAGUCGUAAAGAAGUGUUCCUCCACAUUCUAAGUAGUUUUGUGCAACUCACUGACGAUAUGUAUAAGAUGAAUGACGAAAAUCUGGCUAAAGAGCUCUCUCAACUCUUGGAUAAAUCGAAGUACUUGGUUGUUAUGGACGACGUGUGGACUGAGGAGGCGUGGAAUGAUCUCAAGAUUGCCUUCCCCAAGAACAACAAGGGGAGUAGAAUCUUGAUAACUAGUCGGAUCAAGAAGGUUGCCAAGCAUGCUAAUCCGAAUGCAGAACCUCAUAAUCUGCGGUUUUUAAAUCCAGACGAGAGUUGGAGGUUGCUCCAGAGGAAGGCAUUGGGUUCAGAGAAUUGCCCUGAUGAAUUGGUGAGAGAUGGAAGACAUAUAGCCAAUGUUUGCCGUGGUUUACCACUUGCAAUUGUCGUGAUUGGAGGGGUUCUGCUAGAGAAAGGGAUGGACGGGUGGGGGCAGGUUGCUAGUUGUGUGGAUGCAUACAUUGCCAUGGAUGAGGCGAAACGCAUGGAUAGUUUCAUAGCUCUCAGUUACAAUGACCUGCCUUACCACUUGAAAGCAUGUUUUAUCUACCUUGGGAUGUUUCCAGAGGAUUUUGAGAUCCCCGUGUGGAAAUUGGUUCGCUUAUGGAUUGCAGAAGGAUUCAUACAACACAAGGAGGGGAUGAGCCUGGAGGAUUACGCGGAGGAAUACUUAGAGGAUCUUGUCAAUAGAAAUUUGGUGAUGGUGGGAGAGUUCAGAUCCAAUGGUAAACUCAAAACAUGUCGUGUUCAUGACAUGUUGCGUGAGUUCUGCAAAAAAGAAGCACAAGAAGAGAAUUUCUUCCAAGAAAUAAGGCGUUUUGAUCAAAGCACUUUUGUGUCUUCCAAUCCAGCCUCUGAAAGGUAUCGCCGCCUUUCCAUUCAUUCCCGCGUCUUGAAUUAUAUCUCCUCAAAACCAAAUGGCCCACAAGUUCGUUCGUUCUUGUGCUUCUCGACUGAGGAGAGUAUCCUACCGCCAGAGCACAUCUCAUCCAUCCCUGCUGCAUUUAAGUUGCUCCGAGUGUUAGAUGGCCGCUCCAUCAUUUUCACGCGUUUUCCCACUGAUCUCACUCAACUCGUCCAUUUGAGGUAUAUAGUACUUUCUUGCACCUUUAAGAUUCUUCCUGCUGCCUUAUCCAGCCUUUGGAACAUUCAAACUCUAGUUGUUGAGACUUCUUCGCGCACACUUGAAAUCAAAGCGGAUAUAUGGAAGAUGAUUCAGUUGAGGCAUGUGAAAACCAGUGCAUCCACUACUCUGCCACGCCCUCUCUCUAAAUCAAGAAAGAGUAAAGAUGAUGUCUUGAUGAUAGGGAACCUACAAACCCUUUCAACCAUAUCGCCCGAGAGUUGCACAGAGGACAUGUUUGCCAGGAUUCCCAACCUGAAAGUUCUAGGCAUUCGUGGUCAGUUGGCUAAACUUCUCGAGAAUAAGGGCGGGAGCAUGCUAUUUGAUGGUCUCGGGAAACUGAGCCAUCUCGAAAAUCUGAAGUUGUUGAAUGAUGUGUUUCCUCGUCCACCUUCAGAAGGGAGAUUGACUAGCCUUCCUCAGAGGUACAAAUUCCCAACAAAGCUCAAGAAACUCACUCUCUCAGAUACUUUACUCGAUUGGAAGGAGAUGUCGACUCUAGGAAUGCUGGAAAACCUUGAGAUCCUCAAAUUGAAAGAUAAUGCAUUUAAGGGAAAUUGGUGGCAGCCAGAUGAUGGCGGCUUUCGUUCUCUCAAAAUUCUGCAUAUUGGAAGGACCGAUCUAGUGACCUGGCAUGCUUCGGCUCAUCACUUCCCCAGGCUUAGAAAUCUUUUCCUUAAACACUGCACUUACCUCGGGUCACUUCCCUUAGGCUUUGCAGAAAUUUUGAGUCUCCAGUUUAUUGAUCUAUAUUGUACAAACACAUCAGCUGCUGCUUCUGCUAGAACCAUUAAGCAGAAAAAGGAAGAGAUUCUAGGCAAUCAAGGGACCAUAUUGAAGCUCUCUGUUUAUCCUCCGGAUCAAUGAUCGUCACUCACUCGAUUGACCUCAAUCCUUCACAGGUGAGGAUGUCAAACAAAUGAAAGUUGAUUAAAAAGUUAUUGACUUCUAUUGGAUGUUGGGAGAAAUGUGUUUCAUGUUAUUAUUCAGUAAUGCAUUGAACUCCUGCUCUACACCUCUAAAUUUUUCUGAAUAUUUUCUAAACUCCAAUUCAUCUUUUAUUUUAUUUUA